AUGAGCAGGCGCCUUUACCAGACGGAGCCUGGGUCAGCGGCGAUCGCCUGUUCUGACAUACCAUCACUCCAUCUCCGAGACCAACUGGCCAAGAGGACACAGCAGCACGGAGCCGGACCAGGGCGUGCUGUUAGCCUUCAGUCUGAUGGCAGGCACAUUCAAUUCUCGAGUACUGCAGACAGAGCGCCGUCCUGCUCGAUAUACUCGAAAGAAUGGCGUCAACAGGUCAAACGAAGCACCAGUCUACAUAGCCUGGCCGAAAAAAGCGACGACGGCGUCAGCACUGACACGACGAGCGUUCAUGAAGUUCCAGACAAGCGAAUAUUUGUGCACACAGAGAUCACCAUAUCCGAGCCUUUCGAGCUCGAUGUACCGGCGAAGGAGCGCAUGUUUCCCUGUAGAACCGCUUACGUUAGUGGGCCAGAUGUGGAAAGUAUCAGACACCCUCACGUUCUCAAACGACCAGCCUCUCAGUUGCGUUCCAACCAUCCCACAUCAGGUAUCCCUUUGAUGCGAUCCGACAGUGGCUUCCACUCGGUACCACGUUCUUCAUCAUGGUCAACACAUUCUUAUCAACCUGGAAACUCUCAGUCGACUUCCGACGGCGACUCUCAGGAUUGGAUAACCACCUCCUCUUCGGCGUCUUCAUCCCCGUCGUUGACCGCCUUGCCUGCAUCCCGUCCGUCAAGCCGAGUAUUUUUGGCGCCUCCUCAACCACAAUCACCCUCUGACAAAUCCAACGGCAAGCCUACUAGUAGCGACAAGAUCCAAUCCAACAGUCGACGCUCGAGGAUGAGGCUCCGCAUCCCCGACUUUCUGCGCCCCCUUGACGAGCCACAAGCGCCGAUCCGCAUCUACGAUGUCCCCUUGCGCAGAGAUCUGUUCUCCAAAGCUCAGCCGGGCAAUGAGCACACGCGGACAACUAGCUCGAAUGAUGCCAGGGUGGCCGAGGCAGUCUGGUCCCAGCAGGCGAUCAGGAGAGCCCAUCAAGGGUAUAGUAGUACUCCACGCGCGGAUCUCCUCCGGUCGAACAGCUGUCCCGUCUUGCCGCCUUUUCGAGAGAGUUUGAUCCGAUCUCGUGAUGGGGGCGGUCAGGAUGACAUUGAGAUGAAGAUUCAGAUGGAGAUCGGGGCCGGCGGAUCUACUAGUUAG